AUGAUUGCCCUAACUCUCCUCGCCUUUGACCAACACCUCCACCCUUUCGAUGACAGCCUUAAAGCUCACUUCAAUACCUCAAACCUCGAUCCUCCCUGGACUAAUCCGCUGCUUAUAUCACACCAGAUUACCACUCCUGGAACUUCAACUGAUUCCUUCAAAGCCACGUAUCCGAUUCACCAAAGAUUAAUCUCGAUGAUCGAGAGUAUCCCUGCUGCUGAUGCUGACCUAGUCGAGCUAAGCAAGAUGUCACGUAUCCUGCGUCCACGACGGCUUCCCAUCGAUGGACCUCACCGAGCAACCUCUUACGACUCUUUUCCUGAAACCCCCGCUCAAGAAUCUGCUCGAGAAUCAAGACUCCCAAUUCUUCUGCUCCCCAUUCUUCCGUACCAAUUGAAUUACCUUUAUCAACCGUACCAUUUCUAUCACUUCUACUCCUUAUAUCAAUCUAAUUCUAAUAACCAACCCCUUCCACUUCAAAACUUUCACCGCUCAUACCAAUUUUACCAAAUUAUUGUGUCGCUUAUCUGUUUUGCUAUGUCUUCUGGAACCGAAUCCAACGAUCAAUUAGAACAUAUGGUUUCACCGUUCCCGACUCAGACCGAAACCCAAUCCACUCAACCUGUUCCCGCUGAAACCGAAGAUGUUACUGUAGCCGACGAUGUUAAUGAAUCGAACCACACAUCUUCCAAAACCAAGAAAAAGCGAAAUCGCCCCAAGAAAACCGGCAAAAAAUUCAAGACUCCUAUCCCCAGUAGUGGCGAAUUGAAAACCUUCAUUGAUCAUGGAACGACUUGCAACAGCGAAGGCUAUCCUAUCUAUCCCAACGGUGAUACGGUCUUUGUCCGAGAACCUUUAGACGAUAUCACCAAUUUCGGUCAUAUUGCUUAUCCUCACACUCAAAAGAACCACGGCUCAAAAGACUCCUCAGCAUGGAAAACGACGUGGUACACUUGCCUUGGGGUGUUACAUUGCGACGACGACUUUUGCGACUACGCCGCCCCGCCACCAACGGGUGAAGGAAAGGCAGCCGAACUCAUAGAGGACCACCCGACUUGCCCUGCGGACGCUUGCAAUGGCCAGCACUUAUGGACUCAAUGCCCAACCACCAGCUGCCGAAUUGAUAUCGAGAAGGCAAGUGGCUGGGCUGUUCUUCGGCACUUGGGCACUCACAACCACGUGUGGCCUACGUCGAAGAAGGCUGACCCGUUAGCCAUGCGCACCCUCACGAUCGAGCUGGUGAAGAACCCUAAGGUUGGCCCGUUGGUCCUCAAGGUCGGCCAGGCAGGUGCCGGCCAAACGGUGACGCCUCCCGUCACCGAUAUCCACCCGGCUUUCUCUAACGGAGGGCGACUGGGGUACUUACGCCGAAAGGUCCUUGUCGAGAAGGGAUUGAUGCCCGAAAAAGAAAGCAAAGGGGGUGGUGAUCGCCUUAUCAUGGACCUCAUGCACUGGGGCAGCGACGUCCACAUCAACUUCCAAUCCGAGUGGAUGGCCGAGCAACUGGUCCAACGGGACCAGUUCGGGAAGGUGUAUUCAGGAGGUUUACUCUCGGAUGUGACGUACCGGUUCUUCAAGAACGGGUACCUCCUGACUACUUCCAUGUACUGCCAACUCAUGCAUCGAUGGAUUCCCAUCCAGCUCACUUGGAUGUGGGGUCUUGACGUGGCCCACUAUCGAUCCCAUUUUGUCACCCUCCUGAAUCAAAUCAAAUCGGCCGAACUCACCUAUCAUGAACGGGACCUCAUGGUUCAACAAGUCGUUGACUUUUCUGUUGCCCAGAAGAAGGGCUUCAUUGCGGCAUACAUGGAAGUGUUCAACGAGAUUGACCCAGCAAAAGCGUUGGACAAGCUCAAGGGAUGUCAUGAACAUUAUCGUCAGUCUAUAACUCGGGUCAAAAAAAAUCGCAACAUCGUUGAUGCGAGUCAAGUUGCCUACUUCGAAAAGUUGGCUCUCAAUUUGCUAGAACCCGAUAUGCCUGGUGGCCUGGAUUUAGGCGAGAAAUUUGAUCAAAUCGGACGCCUCUUCCCCAAAGCCAAAGCGUGGUUAGACUGGUGGAAUACGUCCGAUAUACACGCUAUGCUCUUCUGUGCACGCAAACGUUUACCACUGGACGACCCUCCUCUCCCUGGUACCGAAGGCGAAGAUGAACUGCCGGACACCACCAAUGGCCAGGAGAGUAUGCACCGUCAAUACUACAUUCUUUCGACUACAACCUACUUCGCCGAGGAAUCCCUGUGA